UCGCGGUACUCCAUCUCCUGGAGAGAGAAAGUUCUUGGGUCGCCUCCAAUGCGAGGGAUGCAUCAUGGAAAGUGGCGGUACCAAAUCAGAGAGCGCCCCGCCAUCCGCUGUCGGCGCAAAAAAUCGAGGAAAAGGCGGCGAGCGUCAUGGGAUUUGACUCAUGCUUUGGCUGCCAAUCGCCUGCCCGCCGCCUUUAAAGCUCACGGCCCUCAGCUCCUAUCGGUCUUUUUCCUUUUAGCUUCGACUUUCCAAACCAUCCCUGCCUGUCCUCUCCGUGAGGUUGAUUGAAAACCGUCUUCUUUUCCCUCUUCUUCCUUCUCUCUUCCCCGUCUUUGUCUCCCGCUCUCCUCUUGUCCCCGCUGCGGAGCCUCCCGCAUCUCCAUCAUCAUGCCCAUGCUCAAGGAUCCCUCGACAAAAUACAAGCGUUUCCAGCCCCUCCACCUCCCUGACCGCCAAUGGCCUAACAAGACCAUCGACAACCCGCCUCGGUGGCUGGCCACCGAUCUGAGAGAUGGCAACCAGAGUCUGCCUGACCCCAUGGAUGGGGCGCAAAAACUCCGCUUCUUCAAGAUGCUCCGCGAUAUCGGCUACAAGGAAAUCGAAGUCUCAUUCCCCUCGGCCUCGCAAACCGACUUCGACUUCACCCGUAGCCUGGUCGAGACCCCCGGUCUGGUCCCGGAUGACGUCUGGCUCCAGGUUCUCUCCCCCUGCAGAGAGGAUCUCAUCCGUCGCACGGUCGACUCCCUGAAGGGCGCCAAGAAGGCUAUCCUGCACAUUUACCUGGCUACCAGCCCUUGCUUCCGUCGCAUUGUGUUCAACAUGGACAAGCAGAAGAGUCUGGAGAUGGCUGUGCGCUGCACCAAGUACGCUCGCUCUAUCACCAAGGAUGACCCGUCAACAGCUGGAACGGAAUGGCACUUCGAGUUCUCUCCCGAGACCUUCUCUGACACAGAGCCCGAAUUCGCCGCCGAGGUCUGCGAAGCCGUCAAGGCUGCGUGGGAGCCCACAGAGAAGGACCCCAUCAUCUUCAACCUGCCCGCCACGGUAGAGAUGUCGACCCCCAACGUCUUUGCUGAUCAGGUUGAGUACUUCUGCCGUCACGUCUCCGAGCGCGAGAAGUAUGUUGUGUCCAUCCACCCCCACAACGACCGUGGUUGCGCCGUUGCCGCUGCCGAACUCGCUCAGAUGGCCGGUGCUCAGCGAGUCGAAGGAACCUUGUUCGGAAACGGCGAAAGAACGGGAAAUGUGGACUUGGUCACCCUGGCUCUCAAUCUCUACACUCAGGGAAUCUCCCCCAAGGUUGAUUUCUCCGACAUCAACGCGGUCAUCAAGGUGGUCGAGGAAAGCAACAAGAUUCCCGUCAACGAGAGAUGGCCCUAUGGUGGCCAGCUGGUUGUCUGCGCAUUCAGCGGCAGUCACCAGGAUGCCAUCAAGAAGGGUUUCAAGCUGCGCGAGGAUGCCGGAGCCACCGACGAGCACAAGUGGGAGAUCCCCUACCUCCCCUUGGACCCCGAGGACAUUGGCCGAAACUACGAAGCCGUCAUCCGUGUCAACUCCCAGAGUGGCAAGGGUGGUGCGGCUUGGGUCAUUUUGCGCAGUCUGGAGCUGGAUCUCCCGCGCACACUGCAGGUCGAGUUCAGCAAGGUUGUGCAGAAGAAGACCGAGGAGGUCAGCCGGGAGCUGCGCCCCAGCGAAGUCGUGGAUCUCUUCCAAGAAGCCUACCAUCUCAAGUCCAACCCUCGCUUCAACCUGGUCGACUACAACAUCACCACGGAUCGCUCGACGUCACCUGCGCCCCCCGAGCCGGGCAAAGCCCUCAACACCAGAAACCUCAAGCGUCGCUUCACCGGUGUCAUCGAAAUCGACGGCAUCCAGCACGCCAUCACCGGUGUCGGAGCCGGUGCCAUCUCCUCUCUGGCCCACGCCCUGGCCACCCUUGGCAUCGACCUCGAUGUCGUCGACUACAAGGAGCACUCCAUCGGUCUCGGUCGUGACGUCAAGGCCGCCACGUACAUCCAGUGUACUGCGGCGGGUAGCAAGGAACAGGUCUGGGGUGUUGGUAUCCACCAGGACGUGGUCCAGGCUAGUUUGAUCGCCCUUCUGAGCGCCGCCAGCUCUUUCCUCACAAGCCGUGCCGGCUCCCCUGCCCCCUUCCGCCCGAUCCGCUCCAACACCCUCACCGACGACGACCUCCAAGCUCUGGAAAUGCUGAACGGUCCCACCAAGCCCAAGGUUGACUUGGAGGCUCUGACCAAGCAGGCCGAGAGCCAGUAAGCGUCAAUCGCAACCAGCAUAUAUCCCAUAUCUCUUCAUCUAUUUUUCUCUUUUUUAUUUCCAUAUCAUUAUCUCGGGCCAUUUCGCUCUUCAUUGGAGUCUUUGGGAAAAGUACAUCUUGCUUCGAGGAAGACAAAAAACGAAGGCAUUGGGAGAAAUUGAUUGUACAGAUUAGGAAUGACAUGACAUGAAUUUUAUAAUGUUAAUGGGGAUGUU